UUUGCUGAGCAGUGACCCUUGUCACGCCGCUCUUCCCCGCACCCUGAGGGCUAGUCGGGCACCUGGCACUGACCCCGCACGGAACGGCUGUUCCUCUGCUCCGCCGCCGCCGCCGCGCCUGCAGCGGCGGCUGCGGCUGAAGGGGGCUUCACUCCUACCGCCUCCCCCGCCUGGAGGUCUUUGGUCAAGUCUGCAAGCAGAACUCCAGGUUAGGGAGCCAGAGGCUUCCGUUCCGCGCGUCUCCGGCUACAGAAAACUGGAGGAGCUUCUCCUGCCACCCGCAGACUCCCGAGGCUGCUCCUGCCACUCUGCCCUCCCAAGGCGGGGGGGGGGGGGACUCGGGGCGCCGCUGCUCUCCGCCCCCGGACCCGGGUGGAGCCCCUUCACCUUUUCACGGAGAAUCGCGCGCGUCCUGGGAGCCGCAUCACUGCGCAGCUCCAGGCGCGGGGCCUGGUGGCCCGGCCUGCGGAGCCCCUGAGAGCAGAGGCUGCCAGGCUAGCCUCGAAGGUCCAGACCGUGGAGGAGGCAGCGGCCUGAGCUUCUGGGGACAACGCAGCUGCCAUGGCCUUGGGCACCCCGGAGCCACCUCCCAAGCCCAAGUCGCGUCUCGCUCUUUGACUUAAGGAGCUAAGUUCCGGGCGAGGCACGUGAGCCACGCGGGAAGCGCUACCGCGGGGUUGGACCAGGCCCAGUGGCGGCGGGAUGAAGCGGUCUUGGCCACUCGCGGCUCCCGGGCCGGGCGGCAGGUGGGAGCGCUCUCUGGUUCUCAGACGCGAGGGCAGCCGGCUCAGGCCCAAGAGCCUGGUCGGGAGGCGGCCUAGGCCCGGCCGCCCUUCCUACUUCAGCCUUGGUUUGGUGACUGGAACCAGCUGCUGGAGCGACCCCCAGCCGCCGAGAACCAAAAAGAAAGGGUGGGGAAUCAAAAGCCCGGAAGGAAUUCCCGACCCAGGAUCCCAGAACGCAGUGGGCUCAAAACCGAAGACCUCAAUCCCAUCCCAUCCCAAUUCCUGCGAAAUCCAAGUCUCCAGGCCUUGGCAGAUUGCAAGACUUUAUGAAAUGAAGAAUCUUUCAGAAACUCUGGAAGAAAAAAAUAAAAAUAUAGAAAAGAGAAAGGAAUCGAAAGAAAGAAUUUUUGAAAAAGAUGAACAGCAUGUACUUACGUUGAAUAAGACCCCUCAAAACAGUCAAUUAUUUCUUCCAUAUGAAUCUCAGAAAUUAAUCAAACCAAUAAAGAUGCAUCCUUCAGAACCAAGAGUUAAAGAUAAAAAAGAAGAAAGUUCUGUGAAGCAGUCAAAACUUGCCAAUAUUGACUUCAGACAAAAAGCAAGUGAUAUUCAGGUAUUGAAUGACUCUGCUGUGAAUAACCGUUCAAAGUGUUCACAUGUUACGGCUUUUAAAAGUUCACAAAAUUUUAUGCAGUUCAGAUUGUUAACUCCACAGAAACAAUCAAGUUGCAAUCAAUGGCUGGAAAAGGGAGAUACAGAAUCAACUAGCUGUUGGAACUUUGAUGCACCCUUGAGAGACAGAGAUUCAUUCUCUCUCUACGUAUAUAUGUAUGCUGAGUGUGGAGAUAAAGGGACAGUAAAACAAUUGAGAGAAUCAAAAUGUACUUCACAAGUUACAUAUGCCGAACAUUUGGGGAAGCCAAUAGAAAGUAAUAGUGAUGAAGUAGAAGAAAGGGCUGAGAUUUUUCCACAAACUCCUGAAAUUCCUUUAUUUUUAAGGACUCCUGAAGCUGUGAGAACACCUGACUCUGUGGAGAAAUUACCUAAAACCCCCUCAUUUGAAAUAAAUAGAAACACAGCUACGGAAUGUCAAACACAAAAGGAAUCCCCUGGAUUUUCUUUUUUUAUGAGUUAUACUUCUAGAUCUCCUGGAUUGAAUUUAUUUGAUUCUUCUGUAUUUGAUUCAGAAAUCUCAUCACAUCAGUAUAAUGAACAUUAUUCUGCAGGAAAUUUAAAUCUUCUCUCAUCACAACAAGAAAUUGGAAACUUAUUUGGGAAACCAGAAGGAGAAGAUACCUUUACUUUUUCUUUUCCAUCGGACUCUUCAACUCAUACAUUUGGAGCUGGAAGAGAUGAUUUUAGUUUUCCAUUUCCAUUUGAACAGGAUCAAAACUCAACACCUUCUUCUGUAAAAGAGUUUUCAUCCUCCUCACAAAAUACCACACAAUUUACUUUUUUUUGA